CAUGUGACCCCCGUUGUCCGCCCGCCUGUUAAAAGGAGGCGCCUCCAGGCCUCUGUGCUUUUCUAGUCCGUGGCUCUCCUUUAUUUCUCCAAACCCACGCCAUGUGCGCGGCUCAGCGUUCCACGGCUGCGCUAGCGGCGGCGGCCCCGCGCACGGUAUACGCCUUCUCUGCGCGCCCGCUGGCCGGCGGGGAGCCGGUGAGCCUGGGCUCCCUGCGGGGCAAGGUGCUGCUCAUUGAGAAUGUGGCGUCGCUCUGAGGCACAACGGUCCGGGACUACACCCAGCUGAAUGAGCUGCAGCGGCGCCUCGGGCCCCGGGGCCUGGUCGUGCUGGGCUUCCCGUGCAACCAGUUUGGGUAUCAGGAGAACGCGAAGAACGAGGAGAUCCUGAACUGCCUCAAGUAUGUCCGACCAGGAGGCGGGUUCGAGCCCAACUUCAUGCUCUUUGAGAAAUGUGACGUGAACGGCUCAAAGGCGCACCCGCUCUUCGCCUUUCUUCGUGAGGCCCUGCCCACUCCCAGUGACGACACCACUGCCCUCAUGACCGACCCCAAGUUCAUCACCUGGUCUCCAGUAUGCCGCAACGAUGUCUCCUGGAACUUCGAGAAGUUCCUGGUGGGCCCAGAUGGUGUGCCUGUGCGCAGGUACAGCCGCCGCUUUCUGACCAUCGACAUUGAGCCUGACAUCGAAGCCCUGCUGUCCCAGGGGCCCAGCUCUACCUAAGAUGCCCCUCCUAUCCCUGCUACUUGGCAAUCACAGCGCUGCCCUCUGGGGAUUUUACCCAUGAAGGUGUUUCCUCUAAACCUGCAUGGAGGGAACGCCUGAUGUCCAGGAAAGUCCCCUGAGAUGGGUGGUGUCCUGUCUAUCCCGGCUUCCCCUUUCACAGACCACAGCAUCUCACUAAUAAAGUGCUAGUUGUCAGCAGAA